GAGGGAGCAACAAAACAGCUGGAAGGGCAGCGAGAAGAGAGAAAAGAGAUAGAAGGAUAAAAAACUUCAGGAGGCGUCAGUCGCAGGCUAAACCGGGUCAAUGUGUGGAAUAUUGCUGGUCCCGGCUGGAAGUUUUUCCCGAUGGACGGCACUAUUAAGGAGGCUCUGUCGGUGGUGAGCGACGACCAGUCCCUGUUCGACCCCACGUACAGCGCGGCCGCGCAGCUCCCCAAGGACAUGACGGCCUCCGGCAGCCCCGACUUUGGGCAGCCCCACAAGAUCAACCCCCUGCCCCCCCAGCAGGAGUGGAUCAACCAGCCUGUGAGGGUCAGUGUCAAACGGGAGUAUGACCACAUGAAUGGAUCCAGGGAGUCCCCCGUGGACUGCAGCGUGAGCAAGUGUGGGAAGCUGGUGGGAGCAGGGACCGAGUCCACCCCCAUGAGCUACAGCACGUACAUGGAUGAGAAGAACGGACCUCCCCCCAACAUGACCACCAACGAGAGGAGAGUCAUUGUCCCUGCAGAUCCCACCCUCUGGACGCAGGAGCACGUGCGCCAGUGGCUGGAAUGGGCUAUCAAGGAGUACGGCUUGAUGGAGAUUGACACCACCAUCUUCCAGAACAUGGAUGGCAAAGAGCUCUGCAAAAUGAACAAGGACGACUUUCUGCGCACCACCUCCCCCUACAACACGGAAAUUCUUCUGUCUCACCUCAGUUACCUCAGGGAAAGUAGCUCACUGCUGGUCUACAACACUCCAUCCCACACAGAUUCUUCACGUCUUGCCACCAAAGAAGAUCCCUCCUAUGAUGCAGUCAGGAGAGCAGGAUGGGGCAGUAAUGGGAAUUCUGGCCUCUCCAAAAGCCCUCCUGUUGCAGGGACACAAAACGUGAAUAAGACAACGGAGCAGCAGCGGCCCCAGCCAGAUCCCUACCAAAUCCUGGGGCCCACCAGCAGCCGUCUUGCCAAUCCAGGGAGCGGGCAGAUCCAGCUGUGGCAGUUCCUGCUGGAGCUGCUGUCAGACAGCUCCAAUGCCACCUGCAUCACCUGGGAGGGCACCAACGGCGAGUUCAAGAUGACGGACCCUGACGAGGUGGCGCGGCGCUGGGGCGAGAGGAAAAGCAAACCCAACAUGAAUUACGACAAGCUGAGCCGAGCGCUGCGAUACUACUACGACAAGAACAUUAUGACCAAAGUGCAUGGCAAGAGGUAUGCCUACAAAUUUGACUUUCACGGCAUCGCCCAGGCCCUGCAGCCCCACCCCACAGAGUCCUCCAUGUACAAGUACCCGUCGGAUCUGUCCUACAUGCCGUCCUACCAUGCCCACCAGCAGAAGGUGAACUUUGUGCCCCCACACCCCUCCUCCAUGCCUGUCACAUCAUCCAGUUUCUUUGGAGCAGCCUCCCCCUAUUGGACCUCCCCUGCAGGAAGCAUUUACCCCAACCCCAAUGUGCCCCGCCACCCCAACGCCCACGUCACACCACACUUGGGCAGCUAUUACUAAAUGCUUUGAUCUGCCAGUGGCCUUGAGCAGUCUGGUUGGACUUUUUCUUUACUCCUAGGAUUUUUAUGGUUUUUGGGGGUACCCUUAAUGGAUAAUUGUGGCCUUUCUCGGGAAGAAUUAAAACUGGAUAUUUGUUAUUCCUGGACCAAACCUUUUACUUUUGUAACUUUGACUCUUGUGUCUUGAACUGAGAGAUGGAAGCUCCUGUGGGCCAGUACUCUGCAUUUUCUUUGGGGUUUAAGGCUUGUGUCCUCUGUAGGAAGUGACGAUGAAGAUGGUUCACCAUUCCCUGGAAUGAUUAUUAGUUUUUGGAUGAGAGGAAUUUUUAAGGAUUCAAAAGCUUUUGACAAGGCAUAGAUCCAGCAGUGGGUCAUAAGACAAGAUGACCACAAUGGGUUUUUUCUUACUGGCCAUUUGACCAUUCAGUGGAGGAUGUUGGGCUGCAGGGGACCACAACUGGAAUCUUAGCUCUAAGGCAGAGGAGGAUUUUCACCCAACUGGAAAUUAAAUAUAUAUAUAUAUAUUCAUAUAUAUAUAUGUACAUGUAUAUUUUAAGAAGUAAAGGGCAUUGAAGGAACUUUUCUAGAGUACAGCUUCAUUCGACUGUGUGUGAACUCAGAAAGCAGCAGAAACCAGAACAAAGCGUAAGGCAAAGUCAAGCACAGACAUUCCUUGAGAGCAGAAGUGAAGUGAAUAAACGACAGCAGGUCCCUGGCUCUGCCUGAGCCGUGGGGCUCUGGAAGCACCGAUUCGCGAACGCUGUGCGUUUGUCAGACCGUCAAACCAAGGGUCAACAAACCAGAAGGCAAAUUACUGUAUAAAUUAUGCAGAGUUAUUUUUCCCUAUAUCUCACAGUUUUAAAAGAAAGAGUAAAUAAAACGAGUUGACCUCGGUCACAAAUGCAGGUUUGUUUUUUACUAUCAGCUCGGUUGUUUUUGUUUAUUUUUUUAAUGUAAUUUGUACAUCUUUUCAAUCUGUACAUUUGGGCUGUAGCUUUGUACUUUUUGCUAAAAAAAAAAAAUAAAAAAUAAGACAUGAGUAAUGUAUCUGUUGGAGAUAGGCUUGGUCCUGCAAUUGGAUCCAUGACUGACCCCCAAAGUGGCCAGAAACCUUCCAGAUUGUCCUGGGUUUGUCUAGAGGAGAGGAUUUUCUGUAUUAGUCUGUUGUAGCUGUCUGCAAAUUAACUCCACUUACUCCCAGGUUUGCAUUGAGACUGAUUGAAAACAGGCCAAACAUCUCCAAGCAACCAUUGCAAUAUUCUGUGAUCACUUUUCACCCAAAUCUUGAAUUUUGGGAAGAUCUUAACCACUUCAUAGAUAAAACAACAAAAUACUCCUCUUUUUGAUGGCUUCUGCUGGGGGGUUCUGUGGAAAUCCGACCCCUUCAAGGACUCUCAGCCAUCCCCAGCUUUGCACAUGUGAAUGUAACGCUUCACAAGUGGCGGUUUGGUGCCAUAAACAGAGGGUAAACCACAAGUGUUUGGGGUUUGGAACAGAUGUCUGGGGGGCGAGAUUUCCAUGUACAACCCAUUAGCUGACUUGUAUUAAGUGGCAGCCAAUUAACAGGAUCACAACUAUCUAGUCUAGACCAACCCCUGGGACUCUGUGGGGGCAGGAUUUGGUCCAUGUGCAUCCGAUUGCAGGAGGGGAGUCUGAAACCAGAGCAUUGGAGUCUGCUCAGAACGUUAAACACAAGCACUGAUGCCAUUAUUUAACACAGUGGGGAGAGAAGAUCAAGCUAAUACAGUUAGGUCUUAGUGCUUUCGGGUUGUUUUUAAGUAACAUUUCUGCAAUAAUCGCAAAAUUUAAGUAUGAAGGAACUACCCAUGGAUAUGGGGCUUUUGCUACUAUAUAUAUGCAAUGUACCUUUUGGAUAUUAAAAUAUAUAUAAUUUUGCAAGCUA